AUCAAUCACACCCAACUCCAUCAUAAUCCAAACAAAAUCCAAUCUGCAUCCAAACAUGGCCACUGACAAUCAGUUCACGGCUGAGGUGGAAAGGAUCUUUAAGCGAUUCGAUGCCAACGGUGACGGCAAGAUCUCAUCAUCAGAGCUCGGAGACGUCCUCCGCAACCUUGGAUCAGUGUCCGCCGAUGAGAUCCAACGGAUGAUGGCCGAGAUCGACACGGACGGUGAUGGAUUCAUCGAUUUCAACGAGUUCACUUCCUUCUACCUUGCAAACACUGGACUCAUGAAGGAUGUAUCCAAAAUAUUCUAAGUCUUGCUUCUUCUUUUUUUUGACAUUAUUAUCCAUCCGGCUUUCUUUUAAUGCCGUGUUUUUUUAAGG